AGCAGAGAUCGGCUCCUCUCGCCGCUCUCGUAGACGGCACAGCGGCAGAGGAGGGAGAGGCAGGGAGGAGUGGCCUCCGUACAGAGGACAGGGGAAGGGGAUAAUCAAUGAAGGUGUCUGCAAAAAUUAAACAGACAUAGGUGGCCGAGAGCGCUUGAGCACUCUUUCAAGGGGAGAAACGAGGGGGUAGCGCUCUGCAGGGCUGACCCCUCUCGCCGAUUCAUUCCGACUGUGAGAGAGAUCAGGCUAAUUCUCUGAAAAGAUGGGGAACCGGGGGAUGGAGGAUCUCAUUCCUCUGGUAAAUAGACUACAGGACGCCUUCGCUGCAAUCGGACAAAAUGCCAACCUGGACCUUCCCCAGAUCGCUGUGGUCGGCGGUCAAAGUGCUGGAAAAAGCUCAGUAUUGGAGAACUUCGUGGGGAAGGACUUCCUGCCCCGAGGGUCUGGCAUUGUCACCCGGAGGCCCCUGGUGUUGCAGCUCAUCCACAGCCCCACAGAGUACGCGGAGUUCCUGCACUGCAAGGGGAAGAAGUUCACCGACUUCGAUGAGGUGCGGCAGGAGAUCGAGGCAGAGACUGACCGCGUCACAGGACAGAAUAAAGGCAUCUCACCUGUACCCAUCAACCUGAGAGUGUACUCUCCCCACGUGCUGAACCUCACUCUGGUGGACCUGCCUGGGAUGACCAAGGUGCCGGUGGGGGAUCAGCCCCCCGACAUCGAGCACCAGAUCAGGGACAUGCUGAUGCAGUUUGUGACCAAGGACAACUGCCUGCUGCUGGCUGUGUCCCCUGCCAACUCUGACCUGGCCAACUCCGACGCCCUCAAGAUUGCCAAAGAGGUGGACCCCCAGGGUCUCCGCACCAUCGGUGUGAUCACUAAGCUGGACCUGAUGGAUGAGGGGACGGACGCUCGAGAGAUCCUGGAGAACAAGCUACUGCCACUGCGUCGCGGCUACAUUGGGGUGGUGAACCGCAGCCAGAAGGACAUCGAUGGGAAGAAGGACAUUGCAGCUGCCAUGGCUGCCGAGAGGAAGUUCUUCCUGUCCCACCCAGCCUACAGGCACCUGGCUGACCGCAUGGGCACACCCUACCUGCAGAAAGUCCUCAACCAGCAACUGACCAAUCAUAUUCGAGACACUCUGCCUGGCCUCCGCAACAAACUGCAGAGCCAGCUGCUGUCCAUUGAGAAGGAGGUGGAGGAGUACAAGAAUUUCCGGCCCGAUGACCCGUCCCGCAAGACCAAGGCCCUGCUGCAGAUGGUGCAGCAGUUUUCGGUGGACUUUGAGAAGCGGAUUGAGGGCUCUGGGGAUCAGAUCGACACCUAUGAGCUGUCAGGGGGAGCCAGGAUCAACCGCAUCUUCCACGAGAGAUUCCCCUUUGAACUGGUCAAGAUGGAGUUUGAUGAGAAGGAGCUGCGAAAGGAGAUCAGUUACGCCAUCAAGAACAUCCACGGAAUCAGGACUGGCCUCUUCACGCCAGACAUGGCCUUUGAGACCAUAGUGAAGCGGCAGAUCGGGAAGAUUAAGGAGCCGUGCCAGAAGUGUGUUGACAUGGUCAUUUCUGAGCUGGUCAAUACUGUUAGGCAGUGUACCAAGAAGCUGGCUCAGUACCCCAUGCUGAGGGAGGAGAUGGAGAGGAUCGUCACUCAGCACAUCCGUGACCGCGAGAGCCGCACCAAGGAGCAGGUGAUGCUGCUGAUUGACAUCGAGCUGGCCUACAUGAACACCAAUCACGAGGAUUUCAUUGGAUUUGCCAACGCUCAGCAAAGGAGCAACCAGAUGAGCAAGAAGAAGUCCUCUGGGAAUCAGGAUGAGAUAAUGGUUAUCAGGAAGGGCUGGCUGACCAUCAACAACAUCGGCAUCAUGAAGGGCGGGGCCAAGGAGUACUGGUUCGUCUUGACCGCUGAGACUCUGUCCUGGUACAAGGACGAUGAGGAGAAAGAGAAGAAGUACAUGCUGCCUGUGGAUAACCUGAAGCUGAGGGAUGUGGAGAAGGGCUUCAUGUCCAGCAAGCACAUCUUUGCCCUGUUCAACACCGAGCAGAGGAAUGUGUAUAAGGAUUACCGUCAGCUGGAGCUGGCCUGCGAGACCCAGGAGGAAGUGGACAGCUGGAAGGCCUCCUUCCUGCGAGCUGGAGUCUACCCAGAACGCAUCACGGAUAAGGAGAAGCAGAGUGAUACGGGAGAGGAGAACGGCUCCGAUGGCUUCAUGCACUCCAUGGACCCGCAGCUGGAGCGGCAGGUGGAGACGAUUCGCAACCUGGUGGACUCCUACAUGGCCAUUGUCAACAAGACCGUGCGUGACCUCAUGCCCAAGACCAUCAUGCACCUGAUGAUCAACAACACGAAGGAGUUUAUCCAUGCGGAGCUGCUGGCGAACCUGUACUCGUGUGGGGAUCAGAACUCGCUGAUGGAGGAGUCAGCGGAGCAGGCGCAGCACCGCGACGAGAUGCUGCGCAUGUACCACGCCCUGCGCGAGGCGCUCAGCAUCAUCGGCGACAUCAGCACCAGCACCGUCUCCACCGCAUUGCCCCCGCCCGUCGACGACUCCUGGCUGCAGGUCCAGGGGGGGCCGUCAGGACGCAGGUCCCCGAUGUCCAGCCCCACCCCGCAGCGACGGGCCCCUCCAGGCCCCCCUGGGCGCCCCGGGUCCCGAGGCUCCGCCCCCGGACCCCCCUCUGUCGGAGCCCCGCCUGUCCCCUCCCGCCCGGGAGCCUCACCUGAUCCUUUCGGAGGACCGCCCCCCCAGGUGCCCUCCAGGCCUAACCGUGCCCCGCCCGGCGUGCCCAGCUCCGACACGAGGAAGCCGCCAUGUUGAGAAGACUGGUCCCGCCGUCCCCUGUGGGACAGACCCCUCUCUGUCCCCACCCUAACCCUCUCUUUUCCAGAGCUCCCCACACAGUCCCACUCACUGCACCCUGCAGCUUCCCUCGCCCACACAGCCCCUGCUCAUCUGCAGCUCACCACUAGGGGGAGCUGUUCCUCCGUCCCUCCUGAGUCCGAAGGGGAGGGAGGGCGAGCGGAGGACAGUGUGCAUUAUCCUCUUUUUGCUUUCAGUUCUGUUUUUCUUUCGGCUUUAUCGAUAUGAUUGUCAUUAUUAUAAAGAGUUCUUGCUUUGCCAUGUCUUCCGUUCUGUGGCUUUUCUUUUGCCCCCGGUCUCUGCUGUUUUUGUUGAAGGGAUGAGAUGGGGCUACUCCUAUGGGCCAAAAAACAACAAAAUAUCAGCACAGUGAUGGUAUAAGUGCAUUUCUCUUUCCAUGGUGUGAAUGUUCCUCUGCGGCCCACAUCAAAAAGCCACAGUUUUUUCAUGCUGCUGGCCAACAGAUUCAUGCUAAAAGCAGAUAGUCUGAGUGAUGCCUGUGUGAAGUGCCCUGACUGUGGCCCCAUGCCCCCCCGGAUUGGCUGCUGUAGGGUCAGGAUGGCAGCACACUCUGACGCAGAGCAAUGAAAGAAUAAACAGCACGCAGAGCCCCGGAUGAACGUGGUCUCAUGUUUUCAUUAUUAUUAUUAUUUUUUUCAGAUAAUGCACAAGAGAGAUUGCUUGCUGGCCGAUUUGAAUUUGACUUUGAGUAACAGCCUUUUCCUGGUUUCCCAGACUUUUGCUCUUAUUGAUUUUUUUUUAUUUCUGGUAUCGAUUUUUAUUUUUUUCCUCUUUGUUUCAGCCGGCCAAGCAAGGGCAGCCCCUCCCACCCUGAGAGUCCUCUCCCCUCAUCUGACUCCUAAACCAACCC